UUGAAAUUGGCCUAAAUAAGGAAGAGAUUGGAAUGGAAGAUCGGUUUGACAGAGUGUUUGAGAAGCUCUCGGAGGAGGCAAGAGAAUUGUAUCUAUCAAAGAAUAUUCCUGUUCUAGACUCCCCUCCCACCCCAUUGAUUUUCCUUCGUGAAUAUGUAUCAAAAAACCGCCCCAUGAUCAUAAGAAACGCUUUUGACAACUGGCCUGCUUUGUCGAAAUGGACAAAUGAUUAUCUUAAGAGUGAAUUAGGAUCGACACAGGUUACCGUCACAGUAACACCAGAUGGCUACGCAGAUGCUCCUUCGGGUGAAUUAUUCGCUUUACCGGAAGAAAGGCUAAUGGAGUUUAGUACAUUUGUAGAAAUUUGGGAAAAGAAAUCGGCAAAUGGGGUGUUCUACGUUCAGAAGCAAAAUUCAAAUUUCACGGAUGAGUUUGAUAAACUCCUAAAAGAUGCGGACCACCAUGUUUCCUGGGCUUCAGCGGCUUUUGGUACAGAUCCAGAUGCAGUAAAUAUUUGGAUGGGGAAUUCUGAAUCAGUAACAUCAAUGCAUAAGGAUCACUAUGAGAAUUUGUAUGCUGUAGUCAGAGGACAGAAAACUUUUAUACUCCACCCUCCUACAGACAUUCAUUGUAUUCCAUACAAGACUUACAAGCUUGCUCAGUAUAAAGAAAAUGUAACUGGAACAUUUGACCUUAUUGAACUGUCCAGCAAAAAGCAAAAUGAAUAUAAGGAACUCAAUAAGGAUAAUAUGUCUUUGAAAGUAAAUGGUAGUGGGAGCCCAGACUACCAGGGUCUUUCUUUGCAGAAUAUUGAAAGAUGUGAAUCAAAUGAUCAGAGUAUACCAAAAGAGGAUGAUUGUGACUCAGUGUCAUGGAUAGCCAUUGAUCCAUUGAAGCCUGACCUUAAAAGGUACCCUAAAUAUGCAAAGUGUGAGAAAUAUGUUGCAAAAGUUGAAGAAGGACAGUUGCUGUACUUGCCAUCUUUGUGGUUCCAUCAUGUUACCCAGGCUGAUCAAACAAUUGCAGUCAAUUUCUGGUAUGAUAUGGAAUAUGACAUAAAAUACAAUUAUUUUAAAUUUGUUGAGGAAGUUUCUAACAUAGUUAACUCAAAAUGUGAUAGCUAGUCUUUACAUGGAAUCAUGACAGUUUUUCCUUUAAGGCCAAGAAAAUCAAAAUGAUAUGUUAUCCUUCUACUCCUAUAAUACUUACCCUAAUUGAUUGGGUUUCCAAAAUGUUUAGUUUACUUUUAUUAUUCAUAUAGGCUUUCUGGAUGCUGAAGUAAUUGAUACGUAAUCAGGAGCAUCAGCAAUGUCUCUCUGCUUCCCCAGAAAUGUUCGGGCUUCAUGGAUAUCAAUCAAAUAUUUUGAUUUCUGACUUGGCAGAGUAGAUGUAUAAAACAUUUAAUGACUUCAGCAACCAUGAAGUACAAUCUUCUUUCUUCUGGCAGGCUUGGAAAAUUUUUGAAAUUUUUGAAAUUUGUUUGCAAUUUAGUACUUCCUUUGAUGUAAGCUACAGAAAAUAUGAAUGUUGGUAACUUUAACAUCUGUCCCUAAUCAUGGGAAUAUUUCAACCCAAGUCAUUCCACAGGUAUAUCACCCCCAAGGUUUGUAAAGUGCCCUUUUUGUAGAAGUAACCACUAUGAAAAAUUGUCCUAUUUUCUGCAGCUUGCUGCCUCUUUCUACCAGUGUCCCUUUCAGAAGCUUUAAAAUGCUUCUGAACUCUUUUAUCUAGCACCAUCCUUGCUAGCAAUUUAGAUGAAAAACUGUAACAAGCAUUUAAAAAAUCGAUAAUAAAGAAAAUUCAUGCAAAUACUACUUAUUGUAGUAUCUUGUAUAAUAGGGUUUUUAUCAAAUAUUUUUGUACUGAAAGUUUUCUGGUUUUCUUUCAAACUUCAAAAUUGCUGUACAAAUCUAACUUUCCUAUUCAGCCACCAAAACACCUAAAUUAGGGUCAAGAAGGUAAACUAGAAAAUCACACGCAAAUUUUGUUGAAACUUUCUUUGCCUAUUGUUAAGAUAAACUUUGCUGGUAAAUGUAUACUUGAAUGUAAACAAAAAAUGUGUUUCCUGCAAUGCUAAUUGGGAUUGCUGACCGUGACUUGACUUUAGCCACACCACCUGUAAACAGUAAACUCUGAAACUUUUAUUCACAAUGCAAAUUAAAAAAUGAUGAAUUAUAUUUUAAUUAUUUACAAAGUUUUACGUGGUACUACAAUAUAAGUUUGAUAUAAAAUUGCACACUAAACUUAUCUCAUGCUUGUUUUGUCGUAAAAAUCUAAACUGAUGUUGUGCACGUUUGUACACUAGACUUUCAAACGUGGGUACAAUGUAGCAUCACCUUCAACACUUUUAAUUCUAGGUUGGCCCAACCUAAGGGCUGACCUUGAUACACUUAUGGGUAGCUUUCCUUUGUCGAUCUUCUUGCCAUUUUAUGGUUGUUUUGCCAAAAUAAGAACAGGAUGUCCCAACCAUAUAUUAGAAUGUACAAUGUUUCACGAUUUGGUAGCCUCUCAACCUGUUCCUUUUGAUUCCUUCAAACGUAAUGUAACAAUUAUGAGGCAAGUGCUCAGGUCACCUUUUCUUUAGUACUUGAACCAUUUGUGUUAUAAACUUUAGAAGGACGCUGUCACAGGAAAUUGUUUCAUUUGUAAGGCAAAGUGCAAGCAGCCAGCAACGCUUACCUUAACACUGUUCUUUUUAAUAGACACACUAAUUGUUUAGUUAAUCGGAGGGAUGGAAAAGUUUUCUAGAUGACUGUAACGGUAGCUGAAAGUGCAGGUGUCACACUGUCUUUGGAGAAGAUGCCUUUAACUCUCCGGUAACUUCUUUUCAUGAAUGCGUUUAUAUCUUGGUGCAUUCUUGCAUAUAUGAAUGGAUUCAAGCAAUUGUUUACUAGUAGGAGAACUAGCGUGAAUUCCGUCAGAAUCUCGAACAUAUGUAGCUCUGCUAAAGAUUUCACUCCUCGGAAAACAAAUAUUUUCAGCAAGAUUGCCAACGGCAUUGUACACAGAAAGAACAAAGUCACGAUGAUAAGGAACAUUUUAACUGCUCGCGUGUUCUCUAUAUAAUGUUGUGAAAGACGACGCCUCGCCUUCGAAGCAACUCUGAGAGCUUUAAUGCACAGGACAUAGAGUGCAAUUAGAGCAAUUAGAGGGACGACAAUUGUUAAGCUUGACCAGGCCAUUCCAUAGUACAGUAUAACGGUGAGUGGUACUUUCAGAACAUCGUAUGUGUAGAGAUAAAUUGGUAGAUAUGAAAGAAAAGAAAUUGCCCAUGUACAGCAUAUUGCUACUGCUUUCGUCUUCUUUGAAAUUCGGGACUGUAGUGGUUUUGUUAUAGCUCUGAAAAAAUUGAAUAUUUCACUGUUUAUGUUGAACUAUAUCAUUGUUAAGAUAUUUAUGACUGUUUUUAGACUACGUUGCACCUGAUAAUAAUUAUGAAAUAUUCCAAGCUUCAAUGGUAGAAGACGUUUUCUGGGCAAUGUUCCUUAAGGAUACCAAACAAAACUGGUCUUCAAUGGAGCAAUACGAAUAUUCCUUAUACCUAAUGUUACUUUGAAACUUACACACUGCCAUGUUAGUGAUAACUAAACAUCACAAUAUUACAUCCUUUUUUGAAGAACAUACCGAGGAUUGAUUUGCUUAAAAAAUAAGGCUAAGUAAAAGCAUGAAUCAGAUGAAGAUUUUAGAAUAUAGAAAGAAUUAAUAUUUUAUAGAAUGUAUUUGUAGAAAAAAAUUAAAGAAAGAAUAACGUUUGGACACUCACGCCUUCUAAAAUACACUCCUAAAAGUUAAAUUAUUUGUUUCUUAUGAAAAAAUUUGAAGGCUACAUUCCGUUGGAAUGCUAACACGACAUCAUUUUUCACUCGCUAGGGCUUUAUUAUAACACUCUAUUGUUCUGGGGCACAGUAUAUUUAUGCACAUAUCUAGUGUUAUCUAAGCACAAAAUACUGUUAAAGGUAAAAGAGACAGGCCUUUUCAGGUUAAAGGUCUAGAGAAUAACUGAAGAAGAAUCGCUAAACAAACAUAAUGAUUCAACUUUUAUUGCAGCAAAUUCUGCAGGGCUCAUUUUCCUACGUACUGUAGACAUUUGCUGUGAAUAAAUUCAUUCAAAUUUCCUUACCUGUGUCUCUCUACCGCGAUUGAUACCAAAGUCCAUGAUGAUACUGUACCAGACAUUCUACCUAGAUAAAUGUUAAUAUGGUACCACACGUACGCAUCGUACCGCUUCGAUGAAAUGCCAUAGUAGUUUGGGUAGAUGAUAUAUGUAACUGGUGACGUCAUGGAUACCAUUAAGUCGGCCACAGCGAGGGAGAUAAUGAACAUAUCACUGUCUUUUUUAUGCUUCUUCGUUCCUGUUUUAAGAUACAGUUUGUUAAUAACCCUGGUUUAAAUCAUCAUGUACUGCACAUUUCUGUGUUGAUUCUUGAUGUGUGCUAUGCAGCUUUUUAUGUGGAUAUUUUAAUUUGGGAACCUUCCAACCCCUUUUUCUGUUUGGCCCCUGCACGUUAGAAAGGUCUUGUACACGCUCCUAACUGUAUGACAUACGGCAAAUCUAAUCUCUUUCCUCUCAAACUAAUAUUAGGCAAGUGCGGUCUAAAAACCACCUUUUUGGCAAAUCUUAAAGCUUUAUUGAUUUUUUUCAUGCAAUUCAAGUGUAGCACUGAUUAGCACAAAAGUUAGUUAAUCAGCACACAUACACACAACCGGUACUUAAUCAGUUUGGUCUUUGCUCAACCAAUUUGGAAAUACCUCUUCCCUAGCCAAAAUGUGAAUUACAAAAUCGACGAACUUCAACAAGAUUUGAAAGAAGAGGUCCCAAUCAUAGAGCUGUUUAAACCUACUCCCUAGUAAAACCUACUGAACUUACUGGAGCUUUCUGGAAAGGAAAAUCUUACUGGAGCUAACUUAAUUUACCACAAUGUAACUUCACUUGGAAAACUCCUUAAUGGUAACUGGAGCAGUAGCGUACCCAAGGGGGGAAUAGGGGGGGUCAACUUUUCUAAAAUAUGGUCCUUGAGAUUUGUCCAAUAACGAUGUAAAACUCAUGGAGGGGGGAAGGUGGGAUAGAAUACUGUAUGCUUGUGUCAAUAACAAUUGAAAAGUACUUUGCCAUUUACCGUUGCUAGCAUGAAUUGAAUAAUGUGAAAAAUUUUGCAGAAAGAGCGUAUCUCUGCAUUCGUGAGUGUUUGAAGGGCGUGGUCCAAAAACAUUAUCCCCAGACCCCCCACUGCUGCUGCCAUGCGUACGCCACUGAACUGAAGCUAACUUACCCAGUACCCAACAAACCAGAGAGUUUCCAAGUAUUCCAAGAACAGCGACUAAGAUGUAGAAGAAAAGAAAAACUGGUCGUUGAGCGAAAACUUGAUCACCAGAAGCCAUGAUUUUCAGCUUGUACUAAAAUGCUUCUAUUGAUCAAAACCUUGAUGCUUCAGUUGAGAGCGCAACGAAUUUUCUAUUUACUUCCAUUUCCAGUUGGUUUAUAAACUAAAAAACAUCAGGUAAAUAAUUAAAAAGACGUAAAUUUUUCCAAGCAAGUUUCGAUUGAACAUGCUACCUUGCACUGGAAAACAAGCUUUUCAAACUAUCUGUAAAGAAAUACAAAUUAUUUCGAUAGAAUAUCUUGUUUACAAUUACUCAAUCAAUUAGAUUUAGUUUUCCAGUUUACUCUCAUUUUCCUAUAAGAGGCCGGCCUCAAGAGAAGUGUUUUCAGGGUAGCGAAGAAUGAAUCAACAAAAACACACAUAGAAAUGCUUAUGGCAACAAUCAUUGAAAAUUCAUAUUUUUGCAUUACGUUGUUGGCUUCAUACAAUUUCAGCGAGUGAUCUCAAUCGCUCAGUGAAAAUACUGUUUUGCUUUUUUAGGGAUUUAAUUGGCUCUCGUGCCCAAUCUUCUUUCCUAUGACUACAUAACAAAUACUUGCGCUAUAUAUCCGACCGAUUCUUCAAUGUAACAUGAUAAUGACAACAAACUAAGUAAGAACUGAAAAGGUAUUAUAAAGCACAAUAAACAUUUUAUUUACCUAUUUCAAGGUCGAAAAUUUAACAUCAUCAAGAUUAAGAUCAAAUUUUUUUGGCUAAAAUCGAGCUGUCAUUUUUUCCAAUUCUAAACUCUCUACGCGCAAAUCCCUGCUAACCAGAUCAAUGAUUUACACCGCAAAUUCCUUGCCAUCCACAUAUACCGAAAAGUCUGUAUCGAUUAAAUGUCAUGAACACUGAUCUCAACAAGAGACUGGAUCGAGCUUCUCCAGCCCAGCAUUGAUUCCACAUUGCAGCAUCCAUCUUGAGACCUGGCCGUGUUGUAUGAGAUUAGAGAGAAAUUUUGAUGGUUUUAGUUCAACUUGCUUUUUCAUAGUAAAAUUGAAAGUAACCGUUGAAACAAAAACUUGCAUCAUUCGUAAGAGACGUUAAGCAGACGUUAAGCUUGUGUAACAAAGAAUCCACUGUUCACUUAUUUUCCUGGGCCUGUUGCAAGGCCUACUUUAAGAAAUUUUUAAUACUGCACAUUUUUAAUUGUAUUUUAAUAGGAAAUUUUUUUGCUGCAAUCAGUGCAAACCCUUGCGAACCCCAGAUGUCUUAGCCACGUGCCCCAAAUUUUGAACACGUAUAUAGGCCCUGAUGCAGAAAUCACAAACAGACAGACGAUGAUAUAAACAAUCAACAAUAACACUUCAAAACAGCCACAAAACAAACAAACAGUAGCUACAAAACUUGAAUAGAACCAUAGUCACUUAUCUCUUGUAAACAACGGAGUCACUAUCUCAUGUUUUGUCUGGACAGUACAACUAAAAGGUUUUAUUAGGCUCUUUAUCGUUCUUUUUGUUAAGUUAAAUGAGCUUCUGUUAGAUGCCCAGAACAUGAUAGGGCAACUGAUACAUUGUUACUAAAUGUUUUGUCUUCGACAAGAUCAAAUUACGAAAUUUGCAGCAAUGCUGACAUUUACAGUAGAUGUUAUGUUUUUGGUUCCUGGGCAUUUCGUUUUGUUUCAAGUUUUGAUAAGAACGACUUUCCGAUAGUCAAGCGAGAUUUACAAUACACGAACUCUUUAUCGAACUGACGAGGAAAAUGCACAUUUUGUGAACAAAGCAGGAAUCCGGGAUAGCCGCAAAUAGACAUUUUCACAAAUCCCAAAAUUCAAUACUGCAUAUUUUCGAAAUCAAUACUGCACGUUUUAAAAUUAAAACUGCACAAAAUGUGUAAUACUGCACACUCAAAUAGGCCCUGGCAUGUUGUAUCUUAGAAUAUUUAAAAAUUUAAUGAUUAAUGCACAAUUUAAGGCGUAGCACUGUGUGUGCGCCGUUUUAACAAAUGGCAGCCCAAAGCUUUAGGCGCGAGAGGUCUCAAGAUGAGAGACUCGAUUAGCUUCAUCGUGCUGAUGUAAGAGAACAAUAGCGUAAUGCUUGAAUAAGCGCCCGGGCGCAUAUUUAAUUUUUGAGAAUCCAGGGUUGGGGUUUAUUUGAGAGAGGCGCUUAAUCAAGAGUGGCACUUAUUUAAAAAGUAGAUUUGGGUGCAAAUUGUGUUGUUCAUUAAUCUUUCUUGUUGAAUUGCUUUCCAAUUGUGUUCUCGUUGAAAAUUCGAAUAAGCGCCCAUUUCUGAAGGUUGAAGGAUGGACGCUUCUUCGAAGGGAGUCCUUAUUCAAUAACUUCACCUCUAGGGUGGGCGCUUAUUCGAGGAGGGCUCUUUUUUGAGGGGGGGGCGCUUGUUCUAGGCAUUAUGGUAGGUUGUUCGAUCCAUACUUUUUUUGAGAUCAGUGGUCAUGACUCAGGUCUGCCUCGAUGGGAGUCCUUUGUAUUGAGAUCUUUCUUAAUUCUACUCUAUGCCCAUUGAUUCCCGUUGACUUAAAUGAACUUUCUCAAUUAAUUUCCAUUGAUUCCCGUUAAAAUUGUGGUAAAAAAUAAAACACUUGCUUAUGUAUAUGUUAUUAGCCUGCAUGCAGACUCAAAAUUCCCUUUCAACUAUAUAAUAUAUAUUUUCACUAUGAUAUUUUGUAGAGGGGAAUCUGGCUUUUAAAAGGGCUGCCUCGCUUUGGUGACGAGACACUAAAAAACGAUAGGCCUAGAUUCACAAAAUUUGUCCACGUUUAAACCAAAACAUCACAAUGAGUUACUUUUCUUAUAUCAAUCAUUUUGUUGCAAUAGUUGGGGCACUUUUCCUCCGAUGGACUGUUUCACUUAAUCCGUACUCAGG